AAUAGGAGCGCCACUCCUCCUAAAUCCGGUUUCAGCCUGCAGAUAGAAAUUUUUAAUUGACUUAAUUAUUUCAGAUGCCCUUUUAUCAGCUAGUACGUGUGCUUUUGAAGGGCCCUUGGGCAAGACCGUUUCCUCACAUGAGCCACGCCUACUGCUCUGUAACCGAGUCUGUGGAGAGGGAGUGAUAAAAGAAGGGAGAUAAACGGUUUUAUUACAAGUAUUUAAUUCCCAGAGAAAGUAUAAUGAAAACUGAUAAAAAAUGUGACUGCAUUUAAUCUUUUUUGCAAACCACAUAUUCACAAAAGCAAGAGUGCACUAUCAAGCAUUUCUGUUUUAAACAUUAUUAAUUUCUCCACUAGUUGCUGGAGGGACUCCUGCAGUACCGCUUCCGGCCGCGGUGGCGCAAGAGAGGCGCUCCCCACGCACACACACACAACGCUCCGCUAAAGAUGUGAAAAUGGCGGAGCUACAAAUGCUUCUGGAAGAGGAGAUUCCAGCUGGACGAACCGCACUACUAGACAGUUUUACUAAUUUGGAAAGAGUCGCGGAAUACUGCGAGAGCAACUAUGUCCAGUCUCCAGACAAGGAGAGAGCGCUGGAGGAGACAAAGAACUACACUACCCAGUCUCUGGCCAGCGUAGCCUACCUGAUCAACACACUGGCCAACAAUGUCCUCCAGAUGCUCGACAUCCAGGCCUCGCAGCUCCGUCGCAUGGAGUCCUCCAUCAACCACAUCUCACAGACGGUGGACAUCCACAAAGAGAAGGUGGCCCGGCGGGAGAUCGGCAUCCUCACCACCAACAAGAACACGUCCCGCACGCACAAGAUCAUCGCCCCGGCCAAUCCGGAGAGGCCCGUGCGCUACAUCCGCAAGCCCAUCGACUACAGCAUGCUCGACGACAUGGGCCACGGAGUCAAGUGGUUGCUAAGGUUUAAGGCCAGCGCUCAGAACAUGAAGGCCGGAGGAGGAGGAGGAGGUGCACUCCCUCGCACAAACCCCCCCACACAGAAGCCCCCCAGCCCGCCCAUGUCAGGGAAAGGGACCCUUGGGCGCCAUUCCCCCUAUAGGACGCUUGAGCCGGUGCGUCCACCCGUUGUCCCUAAUGACUACGUCUCGAGCCCGACGCGCAACAUGGCGCACCCCCAGCAGAGCCCUGCACGCACUGCAUCCGUUAAUCAGAGGAGCCGCACGUACAGCAGUGGCAGCAGCGGAGGCAGCCACCCGAGCAGCAGCCGCAGCAGCAGCCGAGAGAACAGCGGCAGCGGCAGCGUGGGCGUGCCCAUCGCGGUGCCCACCCCGGCCCCGCCCAACGCCUUCCCAGCCCCCGUCCCAUCCAACCCAGCUAAACCUCCCCCCAACACUGCCACCACUCCUGGACCCCCUACCACGGCCCUAGACGGCCCACCACAGGCCCCAAACCCCCCUGUAGAGAACCCGCCUGUACCCCCGCCCCCUCCCCAGCUCCCUGCCUCUGCGGCCCCCACUGGCACGGUCCCCGUUGCUUUCGGCAACCCUGCACAAGGUGCUGCUCAGUUCUACAGCAUGAACCGCCCGGCGCAGCCGCCGCCCCAAAACUCGCAGGUCGGAGGCUCGCUGCCGUACCGCCGACCCGCGUCCGUCACCGGUCAGCCCAACAUGGCCCAGAGCCAGCUCAACGGGGGGCCGCACUUCGCCCAGAGCCAAGUGAUAGCAGGCCCGCUCGCGCCCCCUCCCCCCUCAAUGCAGAUCACCCCUCAGCUGCCUCUGAUGGGCUUUGUGGCCCGGGUUCAGGAGACGAUCUCAGACGUGCCGCCUCCGCCUCCGCCCGCCGACGAGCCGGUGUUUGAGGAACCUACACCUCCUCCUCCGCCGCCGGAGGACUACGAGGAUGAAGAGGAGGAGGAGGAGGAUGAGGAGGAGUCGGCGGUGGUGGAGUACAGUGACCCCUACGCCGAGGAGGACCCGCCCUGGGCUCCACAGACCUACAUGGAGAAAGUGGUGGCCAUCUACGACUACGCUCGGGACAAGGAGGACGAGCUGUCGUUCCAGGAGGGCGCCAUCAUCUACGUGAUCAAGAAGAACGACGACGGCUGGUACGAGGGCGUGAUGAAUGAGACCACGGGCCUCUUCCCCGGCAACUACGUCGAGUCUAUCAUGCACUACGCCGACUGAACAAUCCCCCUCUGAGCGGACGAGGAAGAGGAGCGGGAGGAGCGUUUGAUGGGGAGGGGGAGGGGAGAGAGGGGAGCCAAGGGUUAACGGUCAAAGACUUUGAUCAGACAGAGCAUGAUCACCUCCGGGCGAAGAGAGAGCAGAGAGACGGGGGAAGAAGAAGCAGUUUUUUAAUGAAGCUGCAACAUGACAAACUGAUGCCGGUCACUCUCUCGACAGGCGCCAUUGUACAACAACCACUACUCUAGACAUAUUCUCCCCUCUAAUAUUUCUUUCUUUCUUUCUUUAUUCGACUGAGGAGGACUGGACGGUGAUGGAUUUCUUGUAUUUAGAGAGUUUUCUGUUACACUAUGAGGCCACUACAUUGAUUUUUGCUUCGGUUUACUUUGUUUUACCAAUUUGCCCUUAUCUUAAAGAAUAUUUAUUUGGAUUUCGUAGUGGGAUAAAUGGUGAGCAGGUGGACCGCUGAGAGGAUUUAGUCGGGGUUUCCAUGUCGCCGCCUUCGGAGAAAGGGCUGCAGGAGAAUGCCUUCAUGUGUCCAUUUUCUCCUUAACACUCCACAGACAACUACUCCUCUCUAUAUAUAUCUCUAUAUAUAUAUAUAUAUAUAUAUAUAUAUAUAUAUAUUUAAAAAAAAAUCUCGUGGGAGAUAAACUGUAGUUUCCGUACCUCAGCAGAGCGCGUGCCAAAAGCUGACAUUCACUAGGAUAAGCACAUCAAAUGUCUUAAGGUGACGCGCAGAGCGAGAGAAGACGAGUGCUUUAAACCCAAGUCUCUGCUUCAUUUUGAAGUUUAAUAAUCUGAACUAUAGUCUGAGGUUUGACUCAAAGCGGCGAGUUGCUUCACUUUGAAUCCAGCCCUGGAACGCGAGAGGAAAGAGAUCCUCCGUUGCACAAUGACCUGGGUGUUGAAGUCCGACUCUGCAGCUCUCGUGAAUAACAGAAGUUUGAAACUAAGACUUUUAUUUAAUUUUUGUUAACCAAGAGGUUCAGAAUCUGGUUUAGCUUGCAGCGCGGCAGACUGCAUGUUUCGACAAGGAGGGAAAAAAGUCUUUUCUGCUCUACUGAUGAUUAAUGUCUUAAUAUUUUUUAGAUAUGGUGUGGUUAGGUUUUUGAUAUUCACCCACGGCGACCACGCUGCAUUUCUAAGAUGCUUGUGCCAUAUUGAAGUGCGUGUUGCUGUUCAGAGGUUAUCACUUCAUUUGCAAUAAAUCGGCCGGAGUGGGGUGAACUCCACACCUACGCUCUUCAGUUAAAUCAAAAGCACAUACAUUUGUAGUAAAAAGGUGUAGAAGAAGAACUAAUAUAAAUGUGAGAUGUAUUAUGUCCUCAAAACAGGACUUAUUGAAUAUGAAAAGAUGCCAGCUGUUGUGUUGUCGGUCACAGGCCCCCCCGACGCUCUGUCGGUGUAGGCGUCCUUCGUCCUCCGUUGCGUCUCCAGUGCGCUUGGCUGUUGGGUGUCUGCGAGGGCUCAGUGCUUGUACUUAUGUCAGAAUCUUUAUUUUCUAUUAAAAAAAAAAAAAGAACAGAAAUAAUACCAAGUGGGUCUGUAUGUGAGUCUUGCAUGCCAUUGUUCUUAUCUGUACCGGUGUCGAGAUCACCCAUUGUUAAAAAGACAAGCAGCCCUGCAGCUCUGGCCGGGUACCACCAGCCUCAUCCAAAGAGACUGAGGUCCGAGGAGUGACCUGUGGGGGAGGGGGGAGGGCAGGGCAGGGGAGGGGAGGGACACGGCUCCCCCCGGACAUUAGCCGUCAUUACGUCAGUGGUAAAAAAUAGUGUAUUUGAAGCUGCUAGUGAAUCCUGCGGACAAAGACCCCCAGCGGCCCCGAAGCGACGACACUAAAACAAAUCCAACGAGGCCGCCGGUCUGCAGGAUUCACAGCUCCCUGGAGUCACAGACGUCCCUCGGGACGUCGCGUUCAACAGUCCAUAAUGCCAUUGUGUUGCACAGUUAAAGUUGAAUUGCAGAAGUAUCAUAUUUGUAAAAUCAUGAGAACAAAGACAAUAAAAUUAUUAAGAUUUAUUGGUGCUUGGUUCUCGUUUUUUAUGUUUAGCUUAUUGGACGGCAGCUCUCUGGGCAAUACUAGCCCAUAAGAGUAGAAUCUGUGCACCUGGAAAUGCUCACAUAAAUUAUUUAAUAUGCAAAUGAUGCCGCUUCUGAGACUAAGAAGUUGUUGCAACAAAUUAACCGGAAAAUACAGAUAUAUUUUAAGUGUUCAGUGUUUCAUUAAAUGGGUUGUAGAGGCCUUAAGAGGUCAAACUAUCGAGUGUUUCACCAUUUUAAAACUAUUAAAGAAAAGUCAGAAAUGCA